CCUUCUCCUCCCUCAUCUCUUCAGGAUGGCCUCCUCCUCAUCAUCAUCGUCAUCAACCAGCCCUGCACCGCCGCGCUCCUUCCUACUCCCCUACACAACCCUCCAACCAACCUACCUCGAUGUCCACGCCGACAUCUCCUCCGGCUCCGUCUCAGCAGAAGACGUCUUCCUGAGCGUCUACGCGGAGAAUGCUCCGUCCAAGAGCUUACAUGCUACACUGCGGCUCAGCCAGCGGGAGGGUGAUACCAGUGCGAGCCCACCGAUUGCUCUGGAGCUGAUAAAGGGGGGAAAGGGGUUGUUGAGUGUGAAGGAGGCGGAUGAGGGGGGCGAGGGCGAGAAGGGAAUAGCGAGGGACUUGUUCGUCUCGACUCCUGGAGCCUCGACUUCGGCACAUCCACCUACCUCGCCCCUUCAUCUACAGAAUAGCCCCCAUCUCCCUUCGCACGGGGUACGUCUACGUCUCCCCUGCGUCACGCUGUCUCGCCUCCUCAAGGGGACGCGCUCACAAGCUGCACUGGAUCGCGGCGCCGGCGGAUCUAUCAGCGCAUUCGAUGUCGCGGCGUCGGAGGAUGAUGAGAGUGGUGGCUAUUCAUUCGUCGUUGCAGGGGAGGAGGCGGAGUGUCGAUUGGGGUCCCUAGUCCUGCCGCAGAAGAGGGCGCAGAGCAGUACUGGUAGCGGUAGGGGCGAUGCAAUAGAGAGUGUACAGGAGAAGGCUCAGAGACGUAUGGCGGAGAAGAGGGCGGCGGCGGCGGCUCAGCUCAAGAUGGUCGACGUGAAAGGGCAUGUAGGAGACGUAACGUGCGCUCGCUUCUUUCCCAGUGGCAAGGUGAUCCUCACGUCAACGAAUGACGGGCUCAUCCGCCUCUAUCCGACCUCGCCUCCUACCUCGAGCCCCGCCCGCCAAUUCAAAGGCCACAGGCGCGCCGUAAGUAGCCUCUCCAUCCUCGGGCGGGGCAAACGUUUCCUCUCCUCCAGUCGAGACGGCACCCUCAAGCUCUGGGACGUACCAGGGGGAAAAUGUCUACGCACCUUGCAUACGAGCAGGGUAAGCCCAGUGGAGAGUUUGGCCAUCUUACCGCUUCCUGCCAAGGAUCUGCCUAGGGAUGAGGGAGAGGCAACGGGGAGUUGGUUGGUAUUGGCAGGUUGCGCUAAUGGGUCCAUUGAGCCAUUCGCGCUGCGCAUCGAUGCCCUGCCCUCACCGGCGGACGAAGACGAGCAGCCGCAAGUGGCGAUCCACUCCCUCUCCCUUCCCCACAUUCCCCCCACCACGUACCCCUCAGACCUCCCUGAUGGGACGACGGCGCCCGGCAGUACGGAUCAUUGGGCCCUCGUGCCGAGUAGCGCCGUUUGGGCGUUGGAUAUCAUGCUCGCGCACCACGACAACGACGACAAGCAGGAGGGCGCAUCGAGCUGGAUUGUUGCAGGCACGAAGACGGGGCUUGUGCGACUUUUUAAGAUUGGGCGUGAGGGGAUGCAGAGGAUUGGGGAGAUGGUGGGGAGGAUGCAUGAGGAUCGAGAUGAGCAGGAGCAGAGCGAGGAGAUGCCUGUGAUUAGGGAGCACUGCAUCGUCCGCCGCAAUGACUCGGGCGUAAAUGCUGUUCGCUUCGUCCCCUCAACCACCUCGCGAGGACCGCCGGACGUAGUCGUUGCCACAACGGAUGGGACGCCCUAUCGCCUUACGUGGGACGCGGCACAGGAGGACGCCGCCCUCACGCCGCGGGUGGCAGAAGAGUACACGGGGUGGGAGGCAGGAGACGCCGUCGAGGAGAUUGCGCUGCUUGCAAGGGAGGGAGAGGAUGUCAAGGUCGGACUAGCGGGCGCAGAGGGUUGCGUGAGGGUGUACUGAGGCGCGCGGGGCACGCCCGUGAAUUAGAUUGAAUGAAAAAGGUGUCGCACCCUCGCUGCGUCGCUGCGUCGCUGCGUCGCUGCGUCGCUACGUUUGCGCUUUUACUUGCCCCGCUUCUCGUGCUCAUCAUCCUCGUCAUCUUCGUCAUCCUCGUCGUCACCAACAUCAAAGAGCUGCUCGCUAUCGUCUAGCUCCUCCCUCCCUCUCGCCGCCGCGGCGUUGCCCCUCGCAGUAGAAGAAGACGGAGGAGGGGGAUCACGCCUCUGCCCGGCUUCAAGGUCCGUCUCCCCUCCGAUGCGCACACGACGCUUCCCACGACGUCCGCCACCCGUCUCCUGCUCAUCGUCGUCGUCGUCUUCGCUCAGUCUCUCCUGAUUGGCGACGAGAUGGCUCAACUCAUGCUGCUCAUCCAAGGACCCCUCCCCUCCACCACC